AUGGACUUGAAAAUCUCCCGUCCAAGGAAGAGACAUCCAAGGACUGAAACACAGCGCAUCAAAUGGUGGAAUCUGAAGGAUCGAAAGGAGGUAUUUUUCGCGUCCGUGGCUCCAUCUACACUUCCCCACCCUACUCGUAGUGUGGAGGAAAUGUGGUUGUCUACUUCCAGCGUUAUACUCUUGACCGCGGAAAACACUCUGGGAAAGACGACUCUAGGUAAGCCAAAGGUACAAAAGGCUACGUGGUUUUGGAACGAGGAAGUUCAGGCGGCAAUUCGUGAGAAGAAGUCCAAGUAUAAGCUCUGGUGGAGGACGCGUCAGCCUGAAGAUCGGGGUGCUUACCUAGCGGCGAAGAGGGAGGCUAAGAAGGCAGUCUCCAAGGCGAAGUCGGACCGCUACAAGGCUGUGUACGACAUGCUUGAUACCAGAGAAGGCGAGUGGGCAGUGUAUCGUUUAGUCAGAGCACGUCAUCGCUCAACGUUGGAUAUGGAGCACACCAAGAUCGUUAAGGGAGCUGAUGGAGCCGUUCUGCGCCGCUCUGGUCAGAUCCUGGAGAGUGUCGAGGGCCCUGUUCUACCAAUUACUGCCGUCGAAGUCAGUGCUGCCCUCGCAAAAAUGAAGUCGAACAAGGCAACCGAUGACAUACCUGUUGAUAUCUGGAAGCUGCUAGGAGAUCGAGGGUCCAUGUGGCUCGCAACUCUAUUUAACAAGAUCGUUGCAGAAGGACGGACUCCAGACGUUUGGCAAACUUCCGUGACCGUGCCUGUCUGGAAAGGGAAAGGAGACAUUGCUGACUGCACCUCGUACAGGCCUAUACGACUGCUCUGCCAUACGAUGAAGAUUUUUGAGCGUGUCCUGGAAGCUCGUCUGAGGAAAAUUGCUAGCGUUUCACUCAACCAGUGCGGUUUUGUGAAGGACUGCAGCACUACAGAUGCUAUCCAUGCUGUCCGAAUCCUCCUGGAGAAACAUCGAGAGAAGAACCGCAGCGUGCAUCUUGCUUUUCUCGAUCUCGAGAAAGCUUUCGACCGUGUCCCACAUGAGCUGUUAUGGAUGUCCAUGAGGUCGCAUAGAGUACCAGAAGAAUAUGUACGGUGGACGAAGCUGCUUUGUGCGAAGCCUACCAGCGUUGUACGAUGUGCUGUUGGAACAAGCAGGCCCUUCCCUGUACGAGUAGGGGUUCAUCAGGGUUCAUCCCUCUCACCUCUGCUGUUCGUACUGUGCAUGGACACGAUAACGAAGGAAAUCCAGAAGCAGCAUCCGUGGACUCUACUCUUUGCCGACGAUGUCAUGCUCGCGUCGGAGUCUCGAGAUAAUCUUCAGAAACAAGUGCAGUCUUGGAAGGAUCAGCUGCAGCAAUAUGGAUUGCGCCUCAACACAUCAAAAACUGAGCACAUGGAGUGCGGACCAAGGAUAGAGGAUGGUUCAAUUCGUGUUGAUGGCACCGAAUUAAACAAGGUGAACUGCUUCAAGUACCUUGGAUCCAAAGUGACUUCCACAGGCGACAUUGAUCAAGAAGGUCGAGCACGUGUUAAUGCUGCAUGGAUGAAAUGGAAAAUAGCAACAGGGGUACUGUGCGACAAGAAAGUCCCUGUUCGACUGAAGUCGAAGAUUUACAGGACGGUUGUGCGUCCUGUUGCCCUUUACGGAUGCGAGUGCUGGCCGACAACGAAAGCCUUGGAAAGAGUGCUGCACGCUAUGGAGAUGCGGAUGUUGAGGUGGACGAUAGGUGUAACGCUAAAAGAGAAAGUAUCGAACGACACUGUGCGCUCCAUCUUCGGUGUCGUCCCGAUAACUGAGAAGAUGAAGGAGGCGCGACUGAGAUGGUUUGGUCACGUAUUGCGGCGGGAGGAAGAUUCUGUUGCCAAAACCGCUCUGAAGCUCGACGUUUCAGGAGUGAGGCCGCGCGGGAGGCCAAAGAUUCGCUGGUUAGACCGUGUGAAGCUGGAUAUGAUAGAUGCACGUUUGUGUACGGCUGAUGCAAUGGAUAGAACCAAAUGGAAGACAAGAAGCAGAAAAGCGGACCCUGCAACAACGCGGGACAAACGCUAG